UGUACUAUGCGUUAUCUAAGCAUGUCUAGGCUUAACUGCCUUGAGUGAAUAUAGUUCGAUGAACUUUUAAAUUCGAAAGAAUAUAAUGAUUUAUUAAUCAAUUCGGGUCGGUUUAAUGGUAUAAAAGACAGAGUAUAAUCUGUCGUAUCGUUUUUCAAAAUUUGGAUCAUAUAAUUAUCUCACAGUAUAAAAGUUUCCAACAAGUCGACCAUGACGAGAUUUCUAAUUACAUCUUUAGUGUGUGCUAGUUUGUUUCUGUGUUCCUCUGGAUUUAGUUAUUCGUUGAGCAAGGUUUCAACUCUGUACGUACCAGCCUAUGAUGCCACAGAUAAUGCUGUCUACGGAUUCAACCAGGGGACAGUUGAACAGAUUGCUUAUGAUCCCCAGAAUAAAAUAGUUUACGCUGUUGGAGCCAAUAUCUUCCAUGUCAUUGAUGUAUCCAAUCCCAACAGUAUGCAGAUUGUCUAUCAUAAAGUGUAUGCCAACACUGACUUAACAGAUAUUGAGUUUUGUGGAGACCAUGUUUUCUUUGCUGUUGACAACGAUACCAAUGUUGAGAGUCGUUUACAAGGCACAGUCUAUGUUUUGAAGAAAUACCAGAAAAACAACGCAGCUGAAUCCUUGAGAGAAAUACACAGAAUAAAAGUUGGCGCCAUACCUGAUAUGAUCAAGCCCACUAAAGACUGUCGGACAGUUCUAGUAGCAAUAGAAGCCGAGGCUUUUGGAUCUGGGAGCGCUUUCCAAGAUCCCCAAGGUGGCGUUGGUGUCAUCAAAUUUCCUAAUGGAGUCGAACAACCAAACACCUAUACUAAUUUAGAUUUUACCGCCUUCAACAACAGAUUAACUGAAUUAGAAGAUCAGGGCGUGCGGUUUGUUUACAGAGAGAAUAAUAAUACCUUUGAUAGAGACGUUGAACCAGAAUAUAUAACAUACAAUACUGAUGAAUCUAUAGCUUAUAUUGGUCUACAGGAAAACAAUGCUAUUGCGGAAGUUAACCUGAUAACCGAGACAAUCACGGCUAUUCAUGGACUUGGAGCUAAAUCAUGGAGUAACUACAAACUUGAUCCUAGUGAUAAAGAUGGUGGAAUUGAUUUGUCAAAUUACGAUAUAAAAUCAUUCUACCUGCCCGAUUCUAUACAUUUUCAAACAUGGAUGGGUACCAAUAUCAUCAUAAUGGCUAAUGAAGGCGACGCUAAAGACUACGAGGAUCUGAUUGGUUGGAAUGAGGAGGUGAGAGGAAGCAAACUUGCGGCAAAUGUUUCAAACGCCAUACCCCAUCUUGUCCAAACAGCUUUAGCAGAUGAUAACAGACUUGGUCGUCUGUUGUUUAGUAAAGUAGACGGUCUGAACUCGGCCGGAAAAUAUGACAAUGUAUAUGCUUAUGGUGGAAGAAGCAUGACCAUUAGAUCAGUUGUCAGUGGUAUGCCAGUCCUGUAUGAUAGUGGGGGAAUUAUCGAGGAGCAGAUUGCCAAAAACUUUCCAGACUUUUUUAAUAGUAACGGUAGAUCUGGAGAUACGCCUAAAGAAAAUAUGGAUGGUCGCUCAGACAACAAGGGACCUGAAUGUGAAUCGUUAGAAACAGCUGUUAUUGGUGGUCGUUUGAUUAUAUUUGUUGGUAAUGAAAGACCUGGAAGUAUCUCUAUAUUCUCUGUCGGUGAUGAUUUCUCAGAUACUCGAUAUGAAUCAACUUAUUUUGGUAUUCCACAAUCUGAUGUCACAUUCGGGAGUAUGUACGAUCAGAGGACUUUAUCAGAAAUAGAUCCAGAAGAUAUCAGAUAUGUAUCUCCCAGUGACAGCCCAACCAAUGGUCCAGUUAUAUUUGUUGCUGGUUCAGUGUCAGGUACCCUAUCGAUCCUUAGAGUGAAUGUAAAUGAUGAACCGCCUGUAAAUGAUGACAAUCCUGGUUCAGGUUCAUCAGUAUUGGGUUCUACAAAUUUGCUAAUGUUACAUCUAUUCGUGUUAUUAAUAAAUUGUUUAUAUUGAACAACAUAAAAUAUAAUCUGCAUUUAAAACAUAUUGUAAAUAGGGAUGGUGUGUUACUUUUAUAGUGAACGCGUAUAGUAGGGUAUAUAUCAUGUACGAAGCAGAGUAGGCUUACUCUAUUUAGAACAAGUGUCCAUUUCAUGCUCUUCCAGUAUUGCUGGGGGGUUGGAUGGCCGAAUGGUUAGCACGUGCGCGCUCUGUUAUUAGGUCUGUCAUUGAGUCAACUGGCGGGGUUUCGGUUCCCCGGCUGUACGUGACAAGGAAUGGGUUCUGAUUAGUUAUUGGUUUUGUUACCUUGUUGUAGAUAAUUUGAUUUCUUGGUAUUAUACUGUCAUUACUUAUACCCCCGUCAGACCUGGGUGGCGUCCUUAGUUCGCUGCUACGCGACGGAAAAUGGUUUUAGAGCGGGUUAAGAUCGCCAUAAGCGUGAUGGAAACGCAAGCUAUCGUGUUAUGGUCACCAUGGUCGCCAGUGAUCGCCGAGUCAGGGCGUUUGUCUUGAGCAUGUCAAAACAAACGCCAAGGUUCUGCGAUCUGAACUAGAAAGCUAUGAGAACAAAUUUUUAAUUUUUUGGGACACGUUUGCCGGCGACCUUGUGCAUUUCCUGGUCGCCGUACGGUCGCAGCAGCGCAGUAAGGAUGCCACCCUGGUCUGACGGUGGCAUUACUUAAGAACAACAAGAGAAACUUGUUGAAACGUAGCGUGAAUUAAACUCAGUGAUUGUUUUCCAUAUAAAUUGUGUUUUAUAUAUUCAAUUACUAAAUGCCGUAUAAGGAUUUUAUAUGAAAAGAUUUAUUUAUAAAAUAUAUUUCUCAAAGACGUAUUAUUAAAUUUAUAUAUAUUUAUAUUUAUGCAAGA